AUGGUGGACAAAAUCGCCUCUUUUGGACACGCGCUGCUGCGCCGUCGGGCUCUGAACUGCUCUGGGGAGGAAACGCGGUUCGCUCGGUGUCUGUCCACUCUUGAUCUGGUGGCACUCGGGGUGGGCUCCACACUUGGCGCUGGAGUGUAUGUGCUUGCUGGGGAGGUUGCGAGAGAGAAGGCUGGUCCUGCUAUCGUCUUGUGCUUCCUUGUGGCCGCACUUUCCUCUAUGCUUGCUGGACUGUGCUAUGCAGAAUUCGGUGCUCGAGUCCCUAAGACAGGGUCUGCUUACUUGUACAGCUAUGUAACCGUAGGAGAAAUCUGGGCCUUCAUCACUGGUUGGAACCUCAUCCUCUCUUACGUUAUUGGCACAGCUAGUGUGGCGCGAGCUUGGAGCUCUACGUUCGAUAACUUAGUCGAGCAGAAGAUCUCGAACUUCUUCAGGGCUUCCAUGGCCAUGAAGGUUCCCGGGAAGGUUCUUGCGGAAUAUCCGGACCUGUUUGCCCUCAUUCUCAUCCUGCUACUGACUGGACUGCUUGCGUUUGGUGUAAGCGAGUCUGCUCUGGUGAACAAGAUCUUCACUGGGAUCAACCUGAUUGUGCUGGGCUUUGUCAUCAUCUCUGGCUUUGUCAAAGGCAACACAGCAAACUGGAACCUCACAUAUCAAGACUUUAUCAAUGAUACAAAUAUCACAGAACCAGAACGGGUUGAAAGUAUAUUUGGAAGUGGAGGUUUCGCUCCGUUCGGCUUCAGUGGCGUCUUAUCUGGCGCGGCCACCUGUUUCUACGCCUUUGUUGGCUUCGAUUGCAUUGCCACAACAAGUGAAGAAGCCAAGAACCCAAUGCGCUCCAUCCCUGUGGGCAUCGUGGCCUCUCUGCUCAUUUGCUUCUUUGCUUACUUUGGUGUGUCAGCUGCUCUUACUCUCAUGAUGCCCUAUUACAAACUCAACACCCAGAGUCCCCUGCCCGAGGCCUUCAGUUACGUGGGCUGGGCACCGGCACGCUAUAUUGUAGCUGUGGGUUCACUCUGUGCCCUCUCUACUAGCUUGUUGGGCUCCAUGUUCCCCAUGCCUCGAGUGAUCUACGCUAUGGCCGAGGACGGACUGCUCUUUCGCUCCCUUUCCAGGAUGAACAAGAGAACCAGAACUCCACUGCUGGCGACUGUUGUGUCUGGAAUAGUUGCAUCUCUCAUGGCAUUUCUAUUUGAUUUGGCUGCAUUGGUUGACCUCAUGUCCAUAGGAACAUUGCUUGCAUACUCUCUGGUGGCCGUGUGUGUCCUCAUUCUCAGAUAUCAGCCUGGCAACCUGAGUUCUUCCAGUCAGACUGAGAAACUGGUGGAACUGGUCGGUGGCGAGAAAGUGGCCGUAUGUGGAGACAGUGGCGAUGAAUAUGGAACAGAGCUGGAUGACAAUCCCCGCAAAGAGAAAUUCUCCCUGAAACUCCUCCUGGUUCCCUCCAAGGACUUUCCGACCGAAAUGUCGGGAUCUAUCGUGUACGGCACAACUGCUGUUAUCUCUGCGCUGAUCACCACAUUGUGUGUGGUAUUGGCUCUGCGUCUGGAAGCCAUCGUGAAUCUUGAGAUUGUGUGGGUGGUGACGUGUGUCUUUCUGGUCCUGCUGUGCAUCCUGUGUGUCAUUGUGAUCUGUAGGCAGCCUGAGAGCAAGGAAGCUCUCACCUUCAAGGUGCCUCUGUUACCUUGGCUGCCUCUGUUCAGUAUCUUUGUCAACAUCUAUCUCAUGAUGCAGCUGGACAUGGCCACCUGGUGCCGCUUCACCGUGUGGAUGGCCAUCGGUUUCACAAUCUACUUCGCCUAUGGUAUCCGGAACAGCACGGAGGCCAUGAACAGCUCCCUCAGAAAAUACGAGCCAGCUCUUCAGAACAAAAGCCCCAUAUAUCUAGGCGUUGAAGAGAGCGAAGUGGAGGGCAUUUCCCCUUGAUGGGGAGAGAGAACGACGGGCAUAUCGUUAGUUAAAGUCUAUAUUUGAUAUCUCAUUGAUUGAAGAGACUGCCCCAAACAUCUCAAUUGAAGAAAAAGGAUUUCUCAUCCUCUCAAAAUUGUCAGGUCCCUCUUAGAAAAUCCCUAAGAGUUUUCCGUUAGAGGUCGUCGUGCAGCUUUGGCGCUUCAGUACUGUAGAUGCUGGUUUAAAUGUCCCUGUGGCUGCUGCUGUAAUCACGAGUACUGUUAUGGCUGUAUUGUCUGGCGGACAAUGAGCUGACUGUGUAAAGGGUAUUUUGUUUUUCGUGUUCGAGCUCCAAGCGCAUUGUUUGUGCUCUAAACAAAAGCAUUUGGAUUUUGAAUCCAAAAUGGUCUCCUUCGGCAUGGUUUUUCAGCAUGAGGUCCUGAAUUACAACAGGGACCCCUAGUGUUCACCGGGCAUAAUGUGAAAAUGGCAAGAGAGUAUCGGUGGUCAUUUGUUACUGUCAGAUUGAAGAAUUGAAACUGAAAAAUAUGAAGAGUUAUUGGAUGUUAUAAAAUCCCAUGUGUGUGAGAGUUGAAUGUAAGAGUGCAUGGAUAGAAAACGGUUUUCUAUUUCCUAAGAAUGACAGUGUGGUGUUCAAGAACGCCCUGCUGUAUGUUGCGAUAAUGAUAUUGGGUGUUGUGGUAUAAAAUGAUAGUUUUUUAAUGUGUGCGUUUUGAAUGGACCAUGAGGUUGCGCCAGAAAAUGUUCAGUUUUACAAAAUACUAAAUUAUUUUUUUAAUUUAGGGGGAGUUUUUAUAUGAACAUGUAUAAUUUACCCAUCCAUACGACUUCCUUAAACUUGAUGAUUUUACUCAAGCAGUAUAAAUGUAUAACAGUUAUUGAAUUUCCAGACGACGCUUUUAAAAAGGUCCUUGAUAACUGCUGUUUCUGCCAAAACUACUUGCACUGACGUUCAAAAGUUUGGGGUCUCUUUUUUUUAUCAAAAGUGACAAUAAAUACAGCCUUUGUGAGAAUAAGAGACUUAACUUUUGAACGUUAGUGUAUCGACGGUUAUCCUUACCGAUAUAGAAAUAGAAUCCGCCACGACUUGAAAUAUUCGGAAAGCUACUUAUAUUGUUUGAAGGACAUCCCAUAUUGAUCUUUUAUUUUGAACAGUAUUAGCUGUGAUUUUCAAGCAGAAACUAUCGUUACAGUGCUAACUUUGUUAGUAAGGUUAGUCUGCAAUAAUAACCAACUCACAGGUCAAGGGUUAAACCUAAACUUGCCUGAAGACUAUAAAGAAACAAGCCUUUCUGAAGGUGUAGAUACUUGAGAAAUAAGUGUCAGUAUUUUUCACCAGAUUUGUUUUUGUUUUAGUUUCCAUUGAAACUUGUUCUUGGCAGCUUGGCUGUCGAGCUCAUAUCUACUUUUGUUGUUUAUUGUAGAGAAUUUGUAAUGUAGACGAAUACUAGUUUAUGUUUGCUCAAUCAAACUUGUCAAUUAUCUUGUACUCUCUUCAUACCUUUUUGAUAUAUUAUUGUAUAAAUAUUUUAUCCAUCUGGGAGGCUGAAAUUCAGCAAAUUCCACUAAAAUUUUAUCUGAAUUGUAUUCAGAAAAUCAGAGAGCAAUGGAGAUUUGUCUACAGGACAGAACAAUAAAAGUUGUUUUAAACCACUAUUUGUAAACCCAUUUCUUGUCUUUAAUAUAUUAACAUUCUGACUUGAUUAGAAACAUAUUUUUGUAUAGCUUUGCUAUUAUAUUUGUUUCACAAUCUGCUGAAAAAUGGUUUUGUUUACAUGUAACACGCAUGUAAACGCAUUGGUAUCUGAUCCCAGGCAUUAGUUUGGAGAUGCAUUUCUCCUGUAGAUCAGUGCCUGAAGUUUUUCAUAAAGAUGGUUUGUAGAUAUAGACCAAGUCAUUUGCCUUAGAGCUACACUUACAGUGUUGAAUGUGUUGAUCAGUUAAUGAAUUUAUAUAUUUUGUUUGUCCUUGGGUUUUUUAAACUGUAAAUAUUCAUGCCAUGUACAAAGAAAAUGAGCUGUAUUAUAAAAAUUCUGUUCAUGUUUUUUUCUUCUUUUUUAAAUAAAGUGUUUCACAAAA